AUGACAACCAUUGACCGGCGUAUCUUUACUCUCAACUGGGCAGCAGACAUUCAAACCAGUAGUUAUCACCCAAUCUUUCGAGCUUCUUUCCUAUUAUCCCCUACACAACCUUCAGAACGACCUACCAUCGAUGAUUUGGUAUCUCAUGCAGAGAAUACCGCCUCGACAAUAAUAUCUGGAAAUCCGACAGAGACCAAGUUGACGAACAUGUCACCAUGGAAGAAGGACUGGGCAUUGAUGGAAGAUCGUACUCUUUUGGCCAUGUUGCCUGAUGAUCCUGCGACGUACAGGGGAGGUACGGGAGGAGGGUUUUACCAACCUUAUGUAUCACAAAGCUGGACGGGAUUGGUGAGCCUACAAGAGACGGUAGAAGGGACAUACGACAUGAAUCCUGAUCAGACAUUGAAUGAGUCGGGGCAAGUCGUUAGUUUGGAAGAAUGGAUGGCGAGGCAGAAGAAGUAA